AUGUAUAGGCCAGCCGUUGGCAUGUUUUCACCUGUUGGAGCGCACACUCCUCGACUGUGCGGAUCUAACACCCGGAAAAAUACCCGGAUGGAUUUUGAGGAGUCUUCUUUUAGGGAUGAAAUUGGCAAACGUUUGCCGCCACCUAUCCCUCCCGGAGCCCUGAACGUUGACAAUGCUCCUCCCUUACCGCCAAAGCAUCCGCCGCUGGUUCAUAACAAAGGACUAGAAACUUUUAAUCCUUGUAAGAAGGCUUCCGAAAGCUUGGAUUUGGCCUGUAAGGAUGUGUACGAGUCCAUCAGCGACUCUAAUUUAUCGUCCCGGGCAUCCAUUCCCUGCAAGCCUUAUUCCCGACAACCCACUUCGCAGGAUUUGGACACAGGCCUAUCCUUUCUCCCUCAUCCCCACCGGCCCGAAGUGGUUGCUGGUCCCACAAAAACGUCACCCCUUUGUCCUAAAUUUCAAUGCCCUCCGACAGUUUCGCGUUCCUCUGGACGUGAUUUGUCUCGCUCCCUGUGCACAUGCCACUUAGGUAGUAAGUGCAACGUGACUUCAUGCACAAGCAAGUCCUAUCACAAUGGCGAAAGUCCUAUCUGGUCUAAGAUGACGACUUUGGAUCCAGAAGUAGGAAACCGCAACCCUGGAAGUGCCCACGCAUCCUACUUCUCCCCAAGCUGCACUACUGUUGUCACGGCCAUCAAGGAACUGCGAAAAUGGAAUGACCGUUACCGUUACUUUGCUCUUGUAGUAACGGGCUGGCCCCUACAUUGCCUUACGUACAUUUGCAAGAUAACAGGCACUAAUCAGAAGCGGUACCUUUCCAUCAUCAUCAGUCAGAACAUUCUUUGA